GUCCGUCGUAAAAAUAAGAAGGGUUUUCCGUGUCAAUCGUUUACACGCGUCUCUUAUAUACAAUAUAACAUAUAUGUACAUAUAUAUGCACAGAAGGAACUAUAUAUGCAGAUAAUGAUUGUGUGUGUUUUUCACACAGCCUCCUAGAAUUUAAUUCAGAGGCGAAUUAUACUUGAGUAUUAAAAAAAGAUGUCUUCUGUUAGACAACCAGUGUCUGUUGACAAUACAGAUCACACAAGACACUCAUCUCAUCAUAGUCAUAGAUCUAAUGUUAAAAAGAUUGAGGAUUCCCAUUCAGCUUCAAAAUCUCGAAAUAGAUCUACAACAAGUUCUAAUGAAGAUAUUUAUGUUGGCAAGUAUAAACUUAUUAAGACAAUAGGCAAGGGAAAUUUUGCAAAAGUAAAGUUGGCAAAGCAUCUUCCUACAGGACGCGAGGUUGCAAUCAAAAUUAUUGACAAGACACAGUUGAAUCAAACGUCCCUUCAAAAGCUUUUUCGUGAAGUUCGCAUUAUGAAAUAUCUUGACCAUCCAAAUAUUGUUAAACUCUAUGAAGUUAUUGAAACAGAUAAAACACUAUAUUUGAUAAUGGAAUAUGCAAGUGGAGGAGAAGUAUUUGACUAUCUAGUGGCACAUGGAAGAAUGAAGGAAAAGGAAGCCAGAGCUAAAUUUAGACAAAUAGUUUCUUCUGUUCAAUAUUGUCAUCAAAAACAUGUUAUACAUCGUGAUUUAAAGGCAGAAAAUUUGUUGUUAGAUGCAGAUAUGAACAUUAAAAUAGCUGAUUUUGGAUUUAGCAAUGAGUUUUCUCCAGGAAAUAAAUUAGAUACAUUUUGUGGUAGUCCUCCAUAUGCUGCUCCUGAACUUUUUCAAGGAAAAAAAUAUGAUGGUCCAGAAGUCGAUGUAUGGAGCUUGGGUGUGAUUUUGUAUACAUUAGUUAGUGGCUCAUUACCAUUUGAUGGCCAAAAUCUUAAGGAAUUGAGAGAGCGUGUUUUGCGUGGAAAAUAUAGAAUACCAUUUUACAUGUCUACAGAUUGUGAAGCAUUGUUAAAGAAGUUUUUAGUUUUAAAUCCAGAAAAAAGAGCACCUUUAGAUGUUAUUAUGACAGAUAAAUGGAUGAAUAUUGGGUAUGAAAGUGAAGAGUUAAAACCAUAUAUUGAACCCAAACCAGAUCUCAAUGAUCAAAGAAGAUUAGAUGUUAUGGUUAAAAUGGGUUUCACAAUGGAUGAAAUAACUGAAGCUCUUAAAUCAAAUAAAUAUGAUGAAGUCAUGGCAACAUACUUAUUAUUGGAUGAAAAUAGGUUAACAAGUAAUGACUCGAUCACAAUUGAUGCAACAUUUUUGAGAAACGAAAAUGCAAUAAACAAAACCCGGCAUAAUCAAAAUAAUAAAGCAAAUAAAAAUGAACAAAAACCAAUUGAAAGAAUACCUUCAAACACAGAAAAAGUUUUUUCUUCAAAUAAUGAUCGUUUAUCAAUACAAAGCUCCAACAGAGAAGUGCCUUGUGUAACUUCAGCUAGAAAUCCUAAUCAAUCUAAUAUUCCAGAUCUUGAGGGUGAAAAAAAACGCAAUGCAAUUCAAAGGCAGAAAAGUGCUCCAUCUUCUGCUGCUGCCAGAAGAACAAAUUAUGCACCCGAGAGAAUCAGUGCACGAGCUUCUACUCAUCAAAGUACCAAUGGUGAUAAAUCUGAUAUUUUGGGAAAUGAUGGCAGUCCUUUAAAGUCAAAGCCAAAAACUGCAAGUGAUAAUCGUUUAUCUCCUGCAAGACUCCCUCAAAAGAAUGAUGUAAAUAGGCCAACAACAGCCCCAACUGGUCCAAUAGAUAUCAGUCGCAAUAAUAAAUUAAGAAGCACUUAUCACCCUACAUCUGGCCAAAAAAAAAUACGUCCACCAGAAGAACGUAGUCAAGAUACAAACAGUACUCCUCAUCAAAAUCGGACGCCAUGGUUAUCAAAGUUAAAAAGUAGAUUUAGUACAAGACUGUCGCGUGCAAAUUUAUUCAGCAAAUUCAGGCGACGACGAUAUUGGAUCUGGCAAGAUGUAAAUAUUUGGUUCAACUAUUUAAAAGACUACAAACAUCAUUUUUUGCCGUCAAGCCCUACAGAUUCUCCACCAAAAAAUGAUGAAUCUACCCAAUCUACAGAUAAACCAAAACCACGCACCCUUAGGUUUACAUGGAGUAUGAAAACUACUAGUAAUAUGAAUGCUGAGGAUUGUAUAACAGAGAUCAAACGAGUUUUAGACCUUAACAUGUGUGAAUAUGAAACUCGUGAUAAAUAUUUAUUAUAUUGUAAUCACCGUAGUCCACAUGCCAAUAAUGCUCUUGUGCAAUGGGAAAUGGAAGUAUGUAAACUGCCCAGGCUUCAUCUUAAUGGUGUGCGCUUAAAACGCAUUCAUGGUCCAGCUAUUGAGUUUCAAAAUAUAGCAUCGAAAAUAACUAGCGACAUGAACUUAUAGGAUUAUCGGUGCUCACUUUUCAUCAAAGAAUGCAAAGUCCUCUAUGUGUUUUAAAUUUUUUUUUUUUUUUUUAAUGACUAGUCUAUUUUAAAAUCUUUUUAUUAUAAAUAUUUUCAACGAAAGCAUUCUGCAAAAAUUAUCAGCUGGUUCCUUAAAUUCUAUUUCUUACAAUAAGUUCGUAUUUAUUAGAGAUGUCACAAUUGCUGUAUAAAAACCUUUUUUAUUUUAUAUUAUGUAUAUAAUGUAUAACUUUUUAUUUAAGUUUACUCUGUAUUAAUGGAAUGAAAUUUAUGUUGGAGAUAUUUUUAAAUCAAUGUGACUUAGGCAUUCCAGGGGGUUCAGUUUUUUUUUUUUUAUUCAUGCACUUGCUUUACUUUCUCUUUUUUUUAUUUUUAUUUAAAAUGCUAUUUUCAUUAGUUGCGCGCAUUAUUUUGUACUAAUGCUUUUGUAUCGCUAAAGAAUUUUUAUUAAAUUCUACAGACUUGUCAUCAUAUAUCCUCUAUUGGGUGUACAGAUUUAUUGAGUGUUAUUUUUGUGCUAAGAUGUUUUAAAGAUGUAUUAUAAAUUUCUGUAGUAAAAAAGGCAACAUUAACAGAAAA